AUGGAUCGGGAUUUUCAUCAUCCGUUCGUUCCAUAUGAUAUUCAACUUCAGUUUAUGAAUAAUCUAUAUGGCUGCCUAGAAGAUGGAAAAGUGGCUGUUUUCGAAUCCCCCACUGGUACCGGUAAAUCAUUGAGCCUAAUCUGCGCUUCACUGACUUGGCUACGAGACCACAAGCGUAAAGCUUUCCAACAAACUUUAGAUCAAGCUGCUUGUGACGACGAUGAGCCAGAAUGGAUGGUUGAAUUCGCUAAACGCGACUCGCGACGUGCGAUCACGGAGAAGAGACAGGAGUUUGAAUCUCGACUCGCAAAAAUCAAAGAGGAGGAAGAACGGCUAAAACGAGCUCAAAGCAUCCAAGAACGGCCUAGGAAGAAGCAGCGGGUGGAUGAACUAGAGCUGACGGGAGAGCGAGACGACGAGAGCCAGUUUGUUCUUGACGAUUAUGAUAGCGAAACGGAUGAAAAAAAGAAACCAAGUAACUCAAGUGGGGUUGAUGGUUUGUCUGCCAGCACUCUAGCGUUAUUAGAGCAGUUCAAGGGAAAGCUCUCCACUCAAGGACAGGAGGAAGAAGAAGAAGAUGACAACACGGUCAAGAUCUUCUACUGUUCAAGAACACACUCUCAGUUGAGUCAAUUUGCUGGUGAGCUGCGGCGAGUUACAUUCCCAUCAAGUAUACCCGAUGCGCCAACUUCCGAGGACCAAGAUGAUCAUCCGUUCAAGCUGGAAGAGCGGAUAAAACACCUUUCCCUGGGAUCCCGAAAAAAUCUUUGUAUAAACCCCAAAGUUCAAGCGCUGGAAAACAAUACUGCCAUCAACGAGAAGUGCUUAGAUCUACAACAGUCCGGUAUUGCCGCAGACAAGAAAUGCAAUUUUCUCCCGUCCAAGGAUGAUGAGGCCUUGAAACUUAGGUUUCGGGAUCACGCAUUGGCAACAGUCAAGGACAUUGAAGAUAUCGCCAAAGUGGGAAAGCAUAUUGGCAUCUGCCCCUACUAUGCUUCUCGCGAGGUCAUUCAGCAUAGCGAGAUAGUGACACUCCCAUAUCCUUUGCUGCUUCAGAGGUCUGCGCGUGACGCCCUUAACCUGUCUGUUAAGGGCCAUGUCGUCAUAAUCGAUGAGGCUCAUAACCUCAUGGAUGCGAUUGCUGGUAUCCACUCCGUGACAGUCUCAUUGAACCAGCUGCAGACAGCAAUCUCGCAGCUGACCACAUAUGCCCGCAAAUUCAAGACACGAUUGAAAGGCAAAAAUCGAAACUAUCUUGCUCAAGUGAUCCGACUAGUCAGCUCCAUUGUUGACUACCUACGGGGACUUUCACAGCGGAAUAGUCCCCCAGAGGGUUCGGUUCUGACUUCGGAUCUCAUGGCGGGCAAGGGAGUUGAUCAGAUCAAUCCCUACAAGUUGUCUCGGUAUCUACAAGAGAGUAAGUUGGCUCGGAAGGUAGAUGGGUAUGUUGAGUCGUCGGAAAAAUCCCAACCAGCCCCUCAAAGAGUCAAAACGACCAUGCCCGUCCUCUUCCAUAUCCAGAGUUUCCUCCUUCCUUUAAUGAACCCCUCGGAAGAGGGAAGGCUCUUCUACCAAAAGAAUAACGACGAUGUGGUGUUGAAAUACAUGCUUCUUGAUCCUACAAAUCACUUUCGGGAGAUUGUCGAAGACGCUCGAGCAGUGAUUCUGGCGGGUGGAACAAUGUCUCCGAUGUCUGAUUAUGCAAACCAUUUGUUCUCAUACGUCGCCCCCGAAAGACUCGACACAUUCAGUUUCGGUCACGUUAUUCCACAUACAAACUUGGUGGCACAAUCAUUAACCCGAGGGAUCCUGGGCUCAGAUUUCGACUUCACAUAUGAAGCCCGUGGAUCCGAAAAGAUGAUCACCGAUCUCGGGCGAACUAUAGCCACGCUCUGCCAAGUCAUUCCCGAUGGAGUCGUUGCGUUCUUCCCAAGUUAUGACUACCUGAGCCAGGUUUUGACCGUGUGGCAAAAACCAAUUGCAAAUGGCAAUGGCCAAACGGUUCUUAGCCUAAUCGAGGGGAAGAAGAAGAUUCUUUACGAAUCCCGUGAAUCAAUGGUAACCACUGAUAAUUUGCUACACGAAUACACCGAAGCUGUCGAAUCGGGAUCUGGUGCGUUGCUGUUAUCAGUGGUUGGCGGGAAAUUAUCAGAAGGUAUCAAUUUUUCUGAUCGACUGGGGCGGGCUGUUUUGAUCAUUGGCUUGCCUUUUCCCAACAUCCGAAGCGCUGUUUGGCAGGCUAAAAUCAAGUACCUUGAAGAAAAGGCCUACAAGCAUGGGUCAGGAUCAGAAUCCGAGAAAAAGGCCAAUGCCUCAGCUGCGGGUAGAGACUUUUAUGAGAACUCUUGCAUGCGAGCCGUCAAUCAGUGCAUCGGACGAGCGAUUAGACAUGUAAAUGACUAUGCAGCCAUCAUCAUGCUGGAUCGAAGCGAAGUAUUAGCGCACACUCUAGCAGGCGCGAAGCGUGGAUUUCAACAUCAGCAGCCGGAAGUAUCCACGUCCCUUCCCCCCUUCAACGCCAUAAUCUCGAACCGGUCUUGUCGAGAACACCACCGCCGACAAGAUGCCUACCCGUUUUUCGAACACCCGGAAGCAGUGAGUCGCCCUCCUGUCCUCGCCGCUGGAAGUUUUUUUUUUGGUUUCGGGAGGAAAUUCAUGAUCGGCGCAAUUUCGAGAUUGCUGCAUCACGACACAUCUUCACCUUCAGUCGGCCUCGAUCAGCAAGAUACUAACCUGCAUUUCUUCCAUAGCCGUGGCCAUGUGUCCGCCGGUUACGGUCGUGUCGGCAAGCACCGCAAGAGCCCCGGUGGUCGUGGUAUGGCCGGUGGUCAGCACCACCACCGUACCAACAUUGACAAGUACCACCCCGGUUACUUCGGUAAGGUCGGUAUGCGCUACUUCCACAAGACCAAGCAACAGUUCUGGAAGCCCACUAUCAACCUCGACAAGCUGUGGUCCCUCGUCCCCGCUGAGCAGCGUGACGCCUACGUGAGCGGCCAGAAGACCGACACCGCCCCCGUCAUCGACCUCCUCCCCCUCGGUUACUCCAAGGUUCUCGGCAAGGGCCGUCUCCCCCAGAUUCCCGUUGUCGUUCGUGCCCGUUACUUCUCCCGCGAUGCCGAGCAGAAGAUCAUCGAGGCCGGUGGUGUCUGUGAGCUGGUCGCAUAA